GUACAGGAACAGGGCAUCUUGGCUCUGGAGAAAGCUACGUGGCAAGAGGCGGCUGGUGAUGGCAUUCUGCCUCUUGAUAGCUCUGUCUGUGAUGGCUGUCACCCGCUUCCCCUCACAGCCUCAAGCUCCUGUGGAGCCCCAGGGGGUAACCAGCGCCCCCGCCCCCCACAGCCCGCGGGCUCUGAGCUCCCGCUGGAGGCAGCGGACAAGGAACCUGCGUUUCUGGAGAAGCUGGGCCCUGUCCCGGAGCUCCAUCCCCGUGUGUGCUGAGAAGCCAGGCCACGGAGGGAGAGUGGACAGCAGCAGGACCCCGGGAGGGGACAGCAGGCAUGUGGGGAGGGUCAAGAGGGACAUUGCUUUGGCAUCUCUUGGAGAUUUGAGACUCAGUACCCAGCGUCCUGUGCCCCUGAGAAAGGAUGAGGUGAGGGGUCCAGGAACCAAAGACCUGCGACCCCCUUGGAAGGAUGGUCCCAUCCGAGAGGCACAGAGUGAGACAGGCACCCUGGUCAGCCCCCUCCCAGGGCACGGGAGAGCUCCUGCUGGAAAGACCCUCCGGCCCCAUGCAGCAGAAGGCAGGGAUCUGCCAGGAGCUGGGAACAGAACCUUGACUGGUGGGCAGCAAGCAGCGGAGCCCACCCUGGCCAUGGGGGCUCGUCGGUGGCCUGGCUCUGUCGCGGAGCUGCAAGGAUCCAUCUGGUGUGCCCCCGAGCCCCCCGGGCUGUUGACCAGCUUGAGGCCUGGUGGGCAGGUGCCUCCAUGGCUCACAGAACAUGAUGUAGAGACCCUCCAGCUGUUGGCCCAGGGGCAGGUGGUGGGCAAAGCCAGGGUCCCUGGCCACGGGCAGGUGCUGCAGGUUGGCUUCUCUGCUGAGGGUGCCCCUCAAGACGUGACUCCUGGGCUCGGCGGACUCUGCUCCCAGGGCCUCUGUGGCCUGAUCAAGAGGCCGGGGGACCUGUUCGAGGUCCUGGCCUUCCACAUGGACCGCGUGCUGGGGCUGCACCGGAGCCUGCCUGCCGUGGCCCGGCGCUUCCACAGCCCCCUGCUGCCCUACCGCUACACAGACGGGGGCGCGAGGCCCGUCAUCUGGUGGGCACCCGACGUGCAGCACCUGGGUGACCCGGACAACGACCAGAACUCUCUGGCCUUGGGCUGGCUGCAGUACCAGGCCCUGCUGGCCCGCGGCUGCGGCGGGCCGGGCCAGGCGCCCUGCCUGGGCAUCCACCACGCCGAGUGGGCACGCCUGGCACUCUUUGACUUUCUGCUCCAGGUCCAUGACCGCCUGGAUCGCUACUGCUGUGGCUUUGAGCCCGAGCCCACAGAGCCCUGUGUGGAAGAGGGGCUCCGGGAGAAAUGUGCGAACCCGGGCGAGUUGCGGCUGGUGCACAUCCUGGUCCGGAGCAGCGACCCGUCCCACCUGGUCUACAUCGAUAACGCCGGCAACCUUCAGCACCCCGAGGACAGGCUGAACUUUCGGCUGCUGGAGGGCGUAGACGGGUUUCCUGAGUCUGUCGUGAACGUUCUCCGGUCAGGGUGUCUACAGAAUAUGCUGCUCAAGUCACUGCAGAUGGACCCUGUGUUCUGGGAAAGCCAAGGCGGGCGACAGGGGCUGAAGAAGGUUCUCCAGGCCCUGGAGCGGCGAGGACAGAUCCUCCUGGGACGCAUCCGGGAGCACAACCUGACGGUCUUCAGGGACAGGACCCAUGAGCCCCACACGGCCCGGGCAGGGCCCUUGCCUCGCUAGUGGGGGCUCAUAGCACGACCUGAGCGGUGAGCACCCUGCUGAGAGCCACAGGCUCACCCAUCUGGAAGACAAAUGGGAGAUGCCAGAGCCAGCAGGGCACCAUGGACGUCUCGGACAAUGUCACCUGCUUGGGAAGGUGGAGGCCGUAUGGGUGCUGGGUUUUCAAUCUCACCACAUUCUUUUCUGCCUCCUCUGCUCUGGUUAUUUACCUCCUCGCACCAAUAAAGACAUACAAGAAUGUUCUACGAACUGUUCCAUAUACUGUAAAAUUGUGCAUCCCACAUGCAUAAGCAGAGCUGGACAACUGUGUGCGUGUGCAUAGAUGUGUGUAAGUGCAUGUGGCAUGUGUACAUGGCCACACACAUAUAUGAGACGAGCCUAAUAAAGGGUCUUUAUAGAAUUAUACCCGUGGCCCAGAAGCGCUCGGGCUGAAAGUCCA